UGGUUAUAAAAGACUGUGGCCAACCUACUGGGCGGUGAGUGGAAUCUCUGGUGCCACACGAUGCUGCCCACGUGGACCAUCGGCCUUCUCCUGCUGGCCACAGUCAGAGGAAAGGAGAUCUGCUACAGGCCCCUUGGCUGCUUUUCUGAUGAAAAACCAUGGGCCGGGAUCCUUCAGCGUCCUUUGAAGUUAUUUCCCUGGGCCCCCAAAGACAUUGACACCCACUUUCUUCUGUACACAAACGAGAAUCCCAACAACUUCCAACUGAUCACUCCCACUGACCUAGCCACUGUCGAUGCUUCCAACUUCCAAAUGAACCGCAAGACGCGCUUCAUCAUCCACGGCUUCAUAGACAAGGGCGAGGAGAGCUGGCUGUCCGACAUGUGCAAGAAAAUGUUUCAAGUGGAGGAGGUGAACUGCAUCUGUGUGGAUUGGCAACAUGGGGCCCGGACAGAAUACACCCAAGCUGUCCAAAACAUUCGGGUCGUGGGAGCAGAGAUAGCUGUCUUAAUCCAAGGGCUGUUGACGGCGCUGGGCUACCGCCCCGAGGACGUGCACCUCAUCGGCCACAGCCUGGGCGCGCACGCAGCCGGCGAGGCGGGCAGGAGGCUGGGGGGCCGCGUGGGCAGGAUCACAGGACUGGAUCCGGCGGAGCCGUGCUUCCAGGGCACACCUGAGUUGGUUCGGCUGGACCCAUCUGAUGCCAUGUUUGUGGAUGUGAUUCACACAGACUCUGCUCCCAUAAUCCCCUUCCUAGGUUUUGGAAUGAGCCAAAAGGUGGGCCAUCUGGAUUUCUAUCCAAACGGAGGAAAGCAAAUGCCUGGAUGUCAGAAAAAUAUCCUUUCAACCAUCGUUGAUAUAAACGGACUUUGGGAAGGAACCCGGGACUUUGUGGCCUGCAAUCACCUGAGAAGCUACAAGUAUUACUCAAGCAGUAUCCUCAAUCCCGACGGCUUCCUGGGCUACCCGUGUGCCUCCUACCAGGAGUUUCAGGAGAGUAGCUGUUUCCCUUGUCCAGCUGAAGGAUGCCCCAAAAUGGGGCACUAUGCUGACCAAUUUCAGGGCAAUACUAGUGCGGUGGGACAAACCUUUUUCUUGGACACAGGAGACAGUGGUAACUUUACUCGUUGGAGAUACAGGGUAUCGGUCACACUGGCUGGAAAAAAGAAAGUGAGUGGGUACAUCAGGAUUGCUUUAUAUGGAAGUAACGGAAACUCAAAACAAUAUGAAAUUUUCAAAGGAUCCCUCCAACCACAUGCAAGUCAUGUGCUUGAUAUUGAUGUGGACCUCAAUGUUGGAAAAAUCCAGAAGGUUAAGUUCCUUUGGAACAACCAUGUGAUAAAUCUUCUCCGACCCAAACUGGGGGCUUCCCAAAUCACAGUACAAAGUGGUGAAGAUGGGAUUGAGUAUAAUUUUUGUAGCAGUGAUACUGUCCAAGAAGAUGUUUUACAAUCUCUUUACCCUUGUUAAAAAUGCAGUGCCCUCUUGUAUCUUUCUGCUAAUAAACUUUUUAAUACCCUCAGUUUGACAUGAAGUGUUAG